GUAGCGCCUGGUGUUCUAUGGGUCACUGCACUAUUUUGUAUUGAAUAAAUGACUUGACGCCCGUGAAGAUAUCUAGUGAGCAGAUAAUUCCGUGCUGGUCGGACUAAUUGCUUUCUUCGCUCCUUCAAGCUUCAAGCGCUGUGCGUCGAGUGCUAGGUAGUGAACACUGCCUCGCGAGAGCGCCCAAAAAUAGCCUGAGAAGCGGAUUAACGGCACCUCGAGUCCUCGACGCCUCGAGUUUGAAUUGAGGUAUUACGUACAGUGCCAGCCUGAGUCCACAACUUACUUAUACCUCCCUUCGCCAAUGCGAGCUUCAUGUCAAACAAUAAAAAGGUCGCUAUUUUCUGGGAUUAUGAAAAUUGUAGCCCUCCCUCGAAUUCACAAGGACAUGCCAUUGUAAAUGGCAUACGACGAAUUGCCCAUGUCUUCGGAUACGUCACGUCGUUCAAAGCAUACCUUGACAUAUCCUCACAGUCCCCCAAGUCUGUCGGGUUUCGCUCUGACCUUCAGUCCUCUGGGGUGUCCAUGACCGACUGUCCCCACAACGGCAGGAAAGACGUCGUAGACAAGAUGAUUCUUGUGGAUAUGCUUGCAUUUUCCAACGAUCAUCCAUCGCCUGCCACCAUUAUACUGAUAGCCGGUGACCGAGAUUACGCCUAUGCCGUAUCAACCCUCCGCCUUCGACAGUAUAAUGUCGUUCUCAUCGUACCUCCGGCGCCAAAUGUUCCACAGAGCCUGGAAUCUCAGGCUUCUGUCGUGGUGGACUGGAAUUUUGCUAUUCUUGGAAAACGCACAGAAGCCGACACAGCACCUGUACGGCAACCUUAUCGUAACCUUGAUGAGGAUAUCGUUGAGCGGACUGUCGCGAGAAGUCCAGGAUUUGAAUGAAGAUCCUGUUGUCACCCUCAUUUCCUCUUCCCUCCCCACUGGCACACCGCCUGCCCAUAUACAGCGUGACACUGUAGCAGAGCAUCAGCAACCACCGGUGAUACAAAGGAAUGCAGACUCAGGUCAUGCUGCUCAGCCUGGCACGCCGAAAAAGGCUGCUAGCACAAUCCCUGCGACACCUGCACUUCCUAGAUUCGGGUCUGCAGCGUCGCGAGCUAGAUUUGUGAC